AUGUCUGUUCCUUUAACCAAAAUCGAUUCUGCCAUCGCUGGCUUGUCCAUAUCUGAUGAGAAACCCGAGACCACUGAGAAGGAGGUCAAGAAGACCCACAAGCGACACUCCUCAGUGGUAGAAGGUAUCUGGAAUAUCAAGGACCUUGAAAAGGAAAAGCUGGAAAUUACCCUACCAAUCGAGACACAAAAGACUGGGUGGAAGCUCAACACCUCCCCAUCAACCAUUGAGGAUAAAGAUAUCCUCAAAAUGCUCCUCGUCACUCCCCCCGUCAGGAAGAUUGACCUACACUUCCCCCUUGGCCUAGAGGUCACCGCUCGGAACUCCAAGGGCGUCACAAUCAAGGACGCAUUAGAUGCUAUCCAUAAGCAAUUCAAGAAGAAGGCGGAUGACGAACUUGACAAACCCUACCUCGCUGGCUUCGAGUGGGACAAGGAAGAUUGCUGGACCCGGUUGAUCGUGCACCAGAAGAAGGAAGGUGCACCACACCCAAGCAAAAAGUCCAAGAAGAAGUCCAAGGACGAGGCAUAG